UCCUCUUGUGAUUCUCUUUCAUGAUCGUUCUUCCACACUGCAUCUUCUCAAAAUCAUUCAAUUCCUUUUCUUAUUUCAAUUAAUGAAACCCCUUUUGAACAAAGUUUGUAGCUUUCACUAAGUAACCAUUAAAAAAAAAAAAAAUCCUUUUAAGCCUCAGAAUUCAUUCGAACUGGUAGGGAAGACGACAAUGGCUUUCAGUUUCAGUAUGAACCUCAACCUCCUCCUUCUCGUCGCCAUGGUUGCCUCCAACAUUAUCUCCCUCUAUCAUCUCUCCUCCACCAUCAUCUUUCCCUCCAACCCUCCUCCUCAACCCGUCCCCGACCACCUCCUCCGCCAACUCCACUCCAUACGCGGCACCAUCAACCGACUCACGCGCCUCCAGCAAACUUCUGCCGACACUGACACUGUUCCAACUACUUCUGCUACUACGAAUAAAAACCACAGCAUUCCUUCAGAUCUCUUGCUCUACUCUCGUCUCUCUCCUAUUGCUUCCUCUUGCCAUGAUUACCCUGAGCUUCUUCACAAGUACAUGAGCUACACUCCGUUCUCGCUUUGCCCUUCUGAUUCUGAUAUCGCCGAGGCUCUCAUGCUCCGUGGUUGCCACCCACUUCCUCGCCGGAGAUGCUUUGCACGGACCCCACAAAAACCCACUUCUUCACUUCCACAUAACCCCUUUUCUUCUUCUCUCCCCAGCUCCAAUGUUAUAUGGGACAAGUACUCAUGUCAGAGCUUUGACUGCUUCAAUCGACUGAAUCCAAAUCUGGGUUUCGAUGCGUCUCGUGAAGUAACCAAAUUUGUGAGCUACAAGUCUGAACUUGACCUCCCAAUACCUCAGUUUUUACAGAUUGCGAGAGCCGCUAAGUCUGUGAUUCGAUUGGGACUCGAUGUUGGAGGAGGAACUGGGACUUUCGCUGCGAGAAUGAAGAUGCAUAACGUGACGGUUUUGACGACGACCAUGAAUGUGGCUGCGCCUUACAGUGAGGCCGUGGCGCUGAGGGGGUUGGUGCCGCUGCACGUUCCGUUGCAGCAGCGGCUGCCGGUGUUCGAUGGCGCGAUGGAUGUGGUGCGGUGCGGGCAAGCCGUGAACCGGUGGAUUCCGGUGACGAUGAUGGAAUUUUUGCUGUAUGAUGUGGACAGAGUGCUGAGAGCUGGUGGGUAUUUGUGGGUGGAUCAUUUUUUCAGUAAAGGGGUUGAUCUUGAGGCGGUGUACGGACCCCUGAUCGGAAAAUUGGGGUACAAGAAAGUGAAGUGGGCGACUGCAAACAAGAUGGAUAUUGCUGGUUUGAAGAAUGGAGAGGUCUACUUGACUGCCUUGUUGCAGAAACCCGUGUCAAGAUAACUUGAAACACAAGUUGAUGCAUUUCUAUAUAAAAACACUUACAAGGAUGAUACAACAGUAAAAGGUUCCUUUGAGAUCAAGGGGCUUUCAAUGAAGCAAUUCCAAUAUCCACUGUGAAGGAUCUUUCACUCUUCUUGCUGCAUUAUUCAACGUCCAAAACCACAAAUGGAACAAAAAUAGAAGCAGCUCAAGCAGAGGCUCAAGGGCUAACUGUUUGAAGAAAUCCCUCGUUUUCGUCGUCAUCGUCAUCGUUGACUUGUGUGAUUCUAAUUCAUUGUUUGGAAAUAGAUCUACGAGGCACUAAUUACCAGAUUUAGAUUUUUUUAUUAUACUUUUCUCU